UGAUAAUUCACAUUAAUCCAUUUUCCGUAUCAAAAUUUCACAGCCUCUUCUUGUUGAUUUUGUAAGUUGCUAGCUCAGACUUUAGACUUUAGAGCACGAAUGAACACAAGCUUUGUUCAUACUUCACACAAUAUGCCACCUCCUUUCUCCCACCAUGUGUGCUUCCCUCAACCUUUGGCUCACAAAUCAGCAUACAGACAACUUCAAUUUCAGCUAAAUUGCUCCAAAAAAUUUUUUUGAUCCCCCACUUGGGUUUAUAAAUCCGUCUGCAUUCAAUCAACGUCAUGCCAUCCAAUCUGGAAUAAUUCCCCAGCAUAAUAAUCAGCACCUCAUAUCUGUUUUAGCCACAAAAUUUGGGGAAAUUGGAUCUCCCCAUCAACGUGUCUAAGCCACUACCUUUCUUCCUCCUUUUUUCCCUAUAAAUAAUCAAUUCAUGAAAUGGAAGAAACGUAACCGGAUAGUGUUAUUUAGGUACUGUUCAUUCUCUAAUUUCUCUUCAGGUACUGUUCAUUCUCUAAUUUCUCUUCAGGCCAGUUUGGUGAUAUAGUUGAGUUGUAAAUUUGAUUAAGGGCCGUUGUAAAAAUGCUGGAAGGUAAAGCAGUAAUUGAUGAAACGGAUAUGCUGAAGACCAUGCAACAAGAUGCACUUGAUUUGGCUGCCAAGGCACUUGAUUUCUUCGAUGUCACUGAAGCCACCGACAUUGCUGGCUUCAUUAAGAAGGCGUUUGACAGGGCAUACGGACCUGGAUGGCAAUGCAUCGUUGGGACAGAUUUUGGUUCGUUCGUAACUCACUGCCACGGAUGCUUCAUAUACUUUAACAUUGGUAGCCUUGCCAUUUUGCUCUUCCGGGGCUCGGCGGCACCGGAGAUUGAGGCAGACCAUUUUGAAGCCGUGAAGGCAGUAGCCGCCUGAUUCUAUAAUUUAUGCUUCUCCAGUUUCUUUCAUUUUUGACUAUUAGGCGCUAUAUAUAUGUAGGACCAAAAAGUUUCAUUAUUUUUUCAAUCGUCCUGGUCUUUUGUACUGGGGGCCAACAGUUGGAAUAGAGUGGAUUCUCAUUUCUCCGGAAUUGAAAUUCAACCAUUAUUCUUCCUUUUGCAACAGUUCUCCAAUUAUGCAGGACAUCAGGAGAAAAUUCUCCCGGCAAACUAAUUUGACCCUUUUGUACAAAUGAAUCUUAUGAUUUGACUGGAUUGUAAAAAGAACACCUUAAUCAUAGAAAUCAAUGGCUGAGACUGCAACCAGUCAAUCAGCUUUAUAAUUUAUAAAACAUUCCUUCCUAGGUAAGGUGUACAUACUUUUAUAUCAAGUACAAUAUGAUCAUAAUGGUAGGAGAUAAGCCAUAUAUAUAUAUAUUGUUUCUUUGCACUAUACAUUCGAUAUAGAGAAAUGAACCAACAAGAUAUUCUUUAAGGGAUACGCUGAAUUUCGAAAUAACCAGUUCCCCUGAUCUUCAUCACUUCAUCAUAUCUCAAAAUCAUCCUGAUUUGGUUUCGGUGAAGUCAAAAGAGCAGUAUAAAGCCUGAUCCUGUCUUCACCAAGUGAAGAACUCCUGGAUAAUGGCCUUCUUGGCCUAAUAAAAGACAGUGAAGUGAGCGUUAAACGGUGCUUGUACCUCCUCCAGGCCAACUGAAUCGCCACGGCGGCCCAAGUUCUCCAUCCAGGGGAAUAGUACCUAGCGCUCCUCCUCACUUUCUCGUUCACAAAUGUGUAUCGAAAAUGUUGCGUUACGUAUUUCACAUCCUCAGCUUCCAAUCCAAACGCUUCGGUUGUUUCGAGAGUCACCAGAGUUGAAGAAGAUGGAGGCAGGCGUUCGACAAAAGGCCGUCUCAGGCACCACGACAGGAGCUCGUCACCGCUGAAGUUUCCAGGGCCUAACAUGCAGCAACUCUUGACACCGUCCCGGAGUACUUGGCUGCUCUGAAGAUGGCCUCUUACUAUGAACAACAUUCUUUGAACCGGGUCGCCUUCUCUUGUUAUCUGAAAAGGAAAAAUAGGAUCAAAUAUUGGGAAAAUUGAUGAAUAAUUCUCGCAAUGGAUGGGUGUAUUGAAGAGCUUAAGAACGUACUGUUUCUCCCUUUGUGAAUAUGAGGGACUUCACCCUGUCACAGAUAUUCUCUAGGACCAGGUUAUCCAUGUGCUGAAACAGAGGUACCUGAAUGAUCCAUAGUUGGAUUCGUUAGGAAUUCGGCUCCUAAGAAUAGAGAAAUGUCCUCUGAAUUUGUGACGAAUUCAACAGCCGUGGACUAUUUUUCUAAGUACAAAAUUUGGAGCUUGUAGAAGAUUGGAUUACCUGCCUAACCAAGUCUAAACAGAGAUGAUAUUUGAUGUCUCUUCUGAGGCCUUCAGGGAGAUUCCUAAUCAUCUGACAUUCAUCCACUCCACGCAUCGCUGCCCAUUUUUGCCUUUCGUAGUUCCUCACUCUCUGUCUGAAGUUUGAAGGCAACUUUCUCUUCUUCAUCCACCAUUCUAUGUUCCUCAUCCUCAAAUGCAUCCCCUGUUUCUUCGACGUCGUUGCGUGCAAGAACACCU